GAUUUUUCUAAAAGGCUUUUGUGGCCACAGGAACCAAUCUGUCUCUCCAGUUUUUUCCGGCCAGCUGGCAGGGGGAGCAGCGGCAGACACCGACCCGGGAGUAUGUCGACUUUGAAAGAGAAGGAGGCAAGGUGUACUUGAAGGCACCGAUGAUUCUCAAUGGUGUCUGUGUGAUCUGGAAAGGCUGGAUAGACCUACAGAGACUGGAUGGGAUGGGCUGCCUGGAAUUUGAUGAAGAGAGAGCACAGCAGGAGGAUGCUCUGGCACAACAAGCCUUCGAGGAGGCUCGGCGGAGAACCCGCGAGUUCGAGGACAGAGACAGGUCCCAUCGGGAGGAAAUGGAGGCAAGAAGACAGCAAGACCCUAGUCCUGGGUCUACCCUGGGCAGUGGAGAUGAUCUCAAACUCCGUUAAUGGGCUGCACACGUGCAUUGCUUCUACUUGGCAAAGGAUUGAAUAAAAGACCAGAAACUGUGAGAACUGGGUAUAUUAUGGUCUGUUCCUGACCUGCGGCAGUCCGAGUCACCACCAACUGCCAUGGUUUGCACUAUGUUUAUGUUACAAUACCUGCAUUUCCUAUUUUAAGCAUGUAGCCAGUGGCAAUUUGAAAUUUUGUUUUUUUCUAUGCAAACUUAUUUUUGUUGGCACUAUUUUAGUGAAAUGGAAACUUAUGCAGCUAUAAAACCGUUUUUCUCAACUGUAAUAAAAAUUGUCACUUAAAAAUAAGUCAAGAUAUUGCAGAUUUAGAACUUUUUUGUUGUUGUUUUGGUUUUUUUUAAAAAAAACUGCUGGAAGCCAAUGCAUUCCAAGCUUAAUUUUUUAAUAUGGGCUUUUGGAAUUUUCAUUGUCCUAACUGUGCUCCUGCUUUAUUUUAGAUACGCAUUCUUAUCUUUCUUUCAGUUUUCUUUUUUUUCCAAAUUUGCAAGACCUUCUUAAAACUGCUGACAUUAUUUUGCGUUAUUUCCAAGCUAAACCCAGUGAAUCAGAGCUGUUGGAAUCAGUUUUCAAACUUCUGUGGGUUUGUAAACGUUACAGUUGCAGUAUUCUUUUAACUGCUACCGAUUCAUUAGUUCCACUUUUUAAAUGAUAAAACUCUUCAAGUGUAUGUUUUCAGGCAUUAAUGCAUCUGCCCCGGUAUCUGGCCUGGGUUUUAUCUGUAUCCCGUGAGUUUGGGUGGCUCUUGGCCCCUGUAUAUAGUGCUUUACUGAAACUCAGAGGAAGUCGCAGGCUGGCUUCUGCUUUAUUCAGGGAUUUUUUUAACUCCUUCUGGAAAGGGAUACUGCAACUCCACAAUCAGAUCCAACAGCAUUUCAACUGGGAACAAAAUGAUCAGCUGCCAAGGUGAUAUGUAUGAAAUCAUGUUUAAGAUAACUGCUUUAAGUAUAUUUUAUAUCUUAGGCUUUUUGUAAAGUUGUGCUGGAUGGUGAAAAGCUGAGGUGAGGUUGUGUGCAGAAGCCUCACCCUGCACACAGGCCACUUCUAUUAAAUCUUAUGCAAGUUAAGACUACAUUGCAGUAUAUAUUGCAUUUUCUAACAGGGUAAGAUUUGGGAUGAAUUAAUGUGUGAAUUAAUCUUGGUUUAUUUGGGGUGAUGGUGAAUGGACUUGUUCCAAAGUUUUCAUUGCAUCCAAUAUUUGAAGAAAAUUGAUUGGAAAUGUGAUGUCAUUUGGCUUUGUUAAAAUGUGGUGCUUCCUGUACAGCCUGAUUGAUUAAAAUGUCACUUAAAUACCUUUUUAAAAUAGGUGAUCUGACUUCAGUAUUUUAAGAAUUAUUUUAAAGCUAGAAACUCUGUAUGGUUAGAACAGUUAAAUCUUUAUUAAAUUCUAUAAUUAAGACAAUUACACGUUCCUCAUUAAUGGCAAAACAAUUGAUGCAAAAGAGGUCUUGCAAAAAUGUAAGCAGAUGUCAAUGUGAAGGAGAAUCUUUGUAUGUUAAUAAUAUGAAUAUUUAACAUUCACUUAAAAAUGUCAUUAACUGUAAACUGUGAGAAUCUCAUCAAAUAGAAAUAUUUUGAUACUUCAAUUUAAAUGUGAUUCACCUGAAAGAUAAUCUUUUUCACUCUGUGGCCACGUACUCUUCUUGCUUUUCUUCCCCCAAAGAAGUAAUUUUUCUAAAGUGUUUCUGCAAAGAGUUAUUUAAGGGACACACGCAUGCAGCUGCACGCAGCCCUAGCCUUGGAUCUUCUCUGCCAUCUGUGUAUUUUUGAUGGAAUAGUCUGAAGAUUUAUUUUAAAAGGUUUUCCUAACGUUUCAGACGGUGGUUUUGAACCAGAAGUACACAGGAAAUGACGCUCUCAGAUAUUAACGUUGCUAUCUCUGUGUAAAUACUGAACUUUCCCUAUCAUCAUUUAGCAUUCUGCUGCUUCCCAUAUCUUAAUGCUGGCAUUAAGAUCACAGCCCUUCCCCUCUGCUGGUUAGUGCAGACUUUUUAAAGUGCAUUUUAAGUUAUUGAUGCAAUUUGAUAUUUUUCAUGAUUUCUAUUUAAACUGAAGUUGCAUCAUCUUUCUCGAAUUCAUCUCCUGUAAGAGUUGCCUUAAGCUACAGGAUUGCUUUUGCUACUUUUUGUGUUGUAUGUUUAACUUUCAUAAUAAACUUCUGUGUAGUGAAAA